CAAAUCUACUGAAUCUAUUCCAGACUCAGACUAAAUGUGAUUUUAUUUUAAUUUAUUGGUGUUAUUUAAAUUUUUAAUUUCACUUUAAGCUCUGUAAAACGUAUAUUUCUAGUCUUUUAUGCAAUACAACAUACAUUUGUGUAUGUUUGAUUGCAUAUCAAUUAAAUAGCGAUUUUUAACAAAAAUAGUGACACAUGUGGGUGCGGCAACACUGUGACAACUUGUAGAACUGUCAACUUAAAUGUCAUUAAUAAAAAAUAAGAAUUUGUUUAUCAAUUUCUUCGUAUGAUUAUGUUAUCAAAAGUGAAAUAAAAUGUUCAAUACUAUCGUUAUCUGUAUGCCAAUCGCCUGGUUAACUUUUAUAAGGAAAUGGAAAAAUGUCAGCUUAAUCUAAGUCAAUUGUAAACAGUUGGUCAAUUUUUUUAAAACCAUACGGAGAUUGUAAAUAGAAAAAAAUUCAGAAAUGGACAUAGAAACAGAAUUUUCAGUAGAUGAUCAACCAAGAGGAGAACGAUGGGACCCUUUAGGUGCUCCAAAUGACGAUGAAGAGGCUGAUAGUGAUUUGAAAAAAAUGGAAUAUGAUUGUGACUACCAUAACCAAUAUACAGUAGAAAAAAUAAGAACAUUAGAAGAUGAACAGGAAUUGCUUAACUCAUCUUUGUUUGCCUUAACAACACACUUUGCUCAGGUACAAUUUCGUCUAAGGCAAGUAGUAAAUGCCCCUACAGAAGACAAAGAAGAUCUCUUAAAAUCUUUAGAAGAAUUUGCUUUUCGUGGCAUACCUGAUGUUGGACUUGUUAAAGAACGCAUGGAUGAAGCAAGUAUAACAGAAGCAGUAAGGUUAAGAAGAACUCAACAAAAAGAACUUAUAGACAAACUUAAGAGUCAGUUGAGAGAAUUAGAGCAGUAUGCUUUUGAGAAUGGUGAGGCAGGGAUACCUCAAGAUGUAUUGUUGGAAAGGCAGAAAAUUAUAUUAAAUGAGUUGAAAACUAGAAUGAAUAUAGAAAUUGAUGAGCAACAUUUUUAUAAAAUGUCCCAAGCGGAUGUUAGUAGACAAAUAAAUAUGGCAUUUGAUCAACUAGUGAGUCCAUUAAAAGUAAAAGAGCAUUUAGUUGCACAACUAAAAACACAAAUCGCAGAUUUAGAAAGAUUCAUAAAUUAUCUCCAGGCUGAUACCAAAAAGACAAAAUGUUCUUGUGGUUGUGCAUUUCAUUCACUUAAAGAUCCAUAUUCAGGUAAAAAUACGAUUGGAAUGAUACAGAGAACUGCUACAAUAUUACAAAUGUUUGCUGUGCUACAGUUGGGAUGUGGACCACAGCCUUUUCGAAAAAAUGAUCUCAAGAUGUCUAUGAAAGUUAAUCAUUGGGGCGAUUUAAGAGCAAAAUUAGAGAUGUCCAUUGCUAGAGUACGAGAUCUAGCUGAAAAAAGUAAAUAUCAAAAAGAUCAAGAAGGAGAGUACAGUAGUGAUUCAGAGUCUCAAACUGUUUCUUGCAAUGUUCAACUAACAACCGCAGUAAGAAAAUAUCUGGCAUCUUGUAUAAGAGAUCUUAUGCAACAUGGCACACAUUCUCCUUCCAGUACCAGUCUGGUACCUUUAAUGGGAUGCUUCCCUAGAAGAAAUUAUCUAGAUACACAGGUCCAUGCAUGGGAAAUAGUUUUAGAGUAUUAUAAAAUGAAAAAUGGAGAAAAAUAUAAUUCUACUCCAGCUAGAAAGCUUUCUCAGAGUUUCAAUUUGGAUAUUGCUGGAUCGUCGCCUUGUUCAAAUAAACAGAAUAUGCUUUGUUGCAUCGGAAGUAUUAUUUCUACCCAUACUCCAUAUAAAAGAAGUCCGGACUCCCAUUUCAAAGCAUUUAUUUGUGCUGCUCUCAAUGCUAACAAACUAGUUCCUUGGCUAACCUUGCUAUUUACUUGUAACAAAUUAGUAAAGACAUAUUAUCAGCCAUGGAGUUAUCUCAUAAAGACAGGUUUUCAAGAUAGUUUAAGAAGUUUGGAUACAUUGACACAGUUCAAAUUUCAGUUACCAGUGGAUCUCGCCAUUAGACAAUUUCAGAAUAUUAAAGAUGUAUUCACAUAAUAUUCGCAUUUUCCCCCACUUUCUAGUCAUUCCUUACCAGUUUUAAUUUCCCAGUGAAAUUUGUUUUAAAAUUUUAUUAUGAUUUGAUAUGUACUGAAAUUGAAACUAAAAACAAAAGUUUCACCUAUUAUAUAUAAACCAAACCGGUUUUUUUGCAAGCAAACUUUUGUUUCUAUUUUUUAUAAUACAAAAAUUUAAUUUUAUUGUUGAAAUUGAUAUCAAGGUCUGAAAAAUUGUUAAAUAAAUUAUUUAAGCUAGUAAAUUCCUGUAACUAUUAGAAUUAAUAUUGACAUUAAAUAACUGUCAAAACUAACUCUAAUAAUAUCGUAUUAAUCAGUAAUUUCAGUCUAUUCAAUUUGCUAUACAACACAGAUCAAUGAUCAAGUGAUGUGCAUUACAGUAAUUUUAAUCCAUUCAAUCCGAUGUAAAUUGAACUCGAACAUUUCUCGAAUAUAUUGUAUAAAUGGUUUAAUGCCUAUUUAAAACCAUCAACAGACUUGUGUAGUUGUCCAAUACAAUAAGUCUAUGAGUUGGAUAGCUAACAGUGGAGUCUUUAUCAUGUGUGUCACAGAAACUUAUUCAAACAUAAUUUAAAAACGUCCAAAAAAUCAUUCCAAACAAAAUGGUUGCAUGUAUACAUUGAUAUGGCAACUCUAGGUCUGGCGGAUUUGACAGGGUCAAUGAUAUAGAUAGUUAUAUAUAUAUUGAUCAUCCAUGUUAUUGAAGGUAAUUUUUUUACUAUAUUCAAAGGCUGAAAAUUUGUUUUAAAACACAUUUUUGCUAAACCGAUUCUGAUUAAUGAGCACUUGCGGGUUAAUAUGGCCGCUCGCAAUGCGACUAGCUUUGAGCAGUCUAUAUAACUAUAAUAUCACUGACCCUGUCGAAGCCCCAGGCAGCAAUUUUGACAAAUAGUUGGAAUGCUUAAUUCCAAAUGUCUCAGUUGCACAUCUCUUGAGAUCAGAUCAUAUUCGACAUUAAACCCCACGUGACCAAAUUUAUUUUAUAUUCUCAACUGUUGUGGAACUGGGAUGAGGAACUAAUUGCAUUGAUAAUAAAGAAUAAAUUUCAUCGAUUUAACAAUAUAAUCAAGUUUCAGUGAGACACAUACACAGGGUAUUUCUACUGUCGCGGAAUAGGGAAUUUAAUAAUGUUUAAAACUGAAAGCACUUAACCAAAGACGUAGAUAGGAUAUUAUUUUGUUUAUAUAAAAAUCUAGUCUUUAGAAACAUUUAAAGAUGGAGGAAAACUCGAAGCCUUUACCACAUUAGAAAAAUUUAAAAUUAUCUAAUAUCUCAAUUAGUAAAUUGAGAUAUGAAACGUGUUUUAAUAUCAAAAAUACAGUUAUGGAG